GCUUGCGCCUUCUGAUACCGAUCUUGCGGCGACGGCGACAGAACACUGUGGUCUUGGUCUGCGUUAAUCCUUAUUUUCUACGUUUUAUGUAUCCGUAUAUCGUGUCACAAACUAUACCUUAUUAAUUUUUUUGUGUCAGCAUUAACUAGACUCGUCUCCGUGAACUUUGAAUCUUCUUAGGCUAUUUUAGCCCGCUAGUUAGCUUAGCUUGCUAGCUGCUAACUAAGCUAAGCAAAGAUCGAGUCUGAGUGCAAAGUGUUGUGACUGCGUGAAAAUGUGUCAAGUAGAAAUGCUGAGAGUAUUUGUGAAUCAGCGACUAACUGCGGCUGUUGAAGACAUAUUUCUAGUGUUAGAGAGAAGGAUAGCAGAGUACGAGGAGGAACUUUCUCGAACAAAGGAGGAGAACGAGCGACAACGUCAACUACUGGACGCAGUUUUCAAGAAGCAUCAAGUUGUGUUACACAGAACAGAUGCCCAGCAGCGGAUUGGACAUCAAAAAGAAAGUCUCUCUAAGUCGCAGGGGAGGAACUGCUCUUUGAAGCAGGAUCCACAGCACUCUCUUGUUAUAGAGGAGGAGAAAAAUCCACUGCUCCCCCACAUUGAAGAGGGAGAGGAGGUAGAGUGUCUUCUAGGGAAGGAGGAGGCUGAUCCUACCAAGUUUCCACUGACUGUUGUCUCUGUGAAGACUGAAGACCAUGAACACAAACCACCUGAGUCCUCACAGCUUCAUCACAGUCCAAACGUCCAGCAGCUGGUGGGGCAUCAAGUAGAACCUCUCUCUCUGUUGGUGGAGGUGAGCUCCCCUUUAAAGCAGGAGGAACCACAGCCCCCUUACAUUAAAGAAGAAGAGGAGGAACUCUGCAUCACUCGGGAGGGAAAGUGUCCUGUAGGGCAGGAAGAGGCUGAUCUCACCAAGUUUCCACUGACUGUUGUCUGUGUGAAGACUGAAGACCAUGAAGACAAACCACCUGCGUACUCACAGCUUCAUCACAGUCCAAGUGAGGAGAAGAGUGAGGUGGAGGCUCCAAGUAGCAGCUCACCACAACACAUAACAGAAGGUGAUGGAGACCACAUUGGAGGAUCACAAGCAAACAACUUCAUAGCUCCACUAACAGAUAGUAAUGACUCAACGUCACAAGUUGAUGUAAAUAUGGAACCACACAUGAAAACGCAAACAGGAGAAAAACCUCUCAGUUGUUCAAUUUGCGGUAAAAUAAUUUCCCAACAACGUUAUAUGCAAACACACAUGAGAACACAUACAGGAGAAAACAAUUUUAGUUGUUCAGUUUGCGGUAAAAGAUUUUCUCACAAACGUAAUAUUCAAAUACACAUGAGAACACAUACAGGAGAAAAACCUUUCAUUUGUUCAGUUUGCGGUAAAGGAUUUCCCCAAAAAGGUAGCAUUCAAAUACACAUGAAAACACACACAGGAGAAAAACCUUUCAGUUGUUCAGUGUGUGGUCAACUAUUCUCUGAAAAGCAAAAUAUGCGAAGACACAUGAAAAUACAUACUAAAGAAAAACCAUUCAAUUGUACAGUUUGUGGUAAAAUAUUCGCUGAGAAACAAAAUUUGCAACUACACAUGAGAUCACAUACAGGAGAAAAACCUUUCAAUUGUUCACUUUGCAGUAGAAAAUUUUCUGAUAAACAAAAUAUGCAAAGACACAUGAAAUGGCAUUCAGGAGAAAAGCCUUUUAAUUGUUCAGUUUGUGCAAAAGGCUUUGUUAUAAAAUGUCGUUUGACUUAUCAUAUGAGAACACACACAGGAGAAAAACCUUUCAGUUGUUCAGUGUGCAAUAAAAGAUACAUUGCCAAACAUGCACUGCAAAGACACAUGAAAACACAUACAGGAAAAUAACCUCUUCCUUUUUGAAAGUCCUCUGUGAAUGGACUCCUGCAGAGUCACUAAUGGUUUACUGCAGGGCUUCUCUAAAGUCUGGACUGUGUUCCAGAUCCGGACUACGACUGGAAUCAGUGGGGGUUCAGCCAGCUUACCUAAUGAUAUGAAUUACAAAACUCUAUCAAGGUUUUUUUAGGUUCUGGUUAAAGAUGUAACAAUAAAUGUUUUUUAAUGUUCUGUAUAAAUUUCUUAAAUAUGAUUUAUAAGAUGCUGGGAAGGGGAACUGCAUUUUAUUUUGUAAUGUUUAAUAUCAGUCGCAAUCCAUGUGUAAGACUAGCACACACCUUUUUCCCUUUUUUUAUGCAUUCUCACUCCUAAAUAAACACUAGCAAGAGCCUGCUAACAAUGGAGAUGAUGAGAUUAGUUCUAAUCUCCCAAUAAAGUGCUCUGAAAAACAUUACAAUACAUCCAUCCACAUUUUAUAUACAUGCUGUAAGUAAAUAUGUAAUUUAGUAACAGGAACAUUUAAAAUACCAUUUAAUAUUUAUGUAUUUUGGACAUUUUCAGCAUUCCAGGAACAUUUUGGUGUGUAUUCAUUUUAUAGAUGCAUCAGAAUGUUUGUUAAUUUUUAUAACAACCAUUGCUACAACUACUUUUGGACAAAUAAUGAUCCAUCAACAAUCACAUACUGUACAAUAUCUGCUCUCACUGGGAUUCCCAUUUAGAUGAAAAAUUAAUCAUAACCCUUGUGCUACUAAAAAAGAAAAAAUGUGGGAGCAAACGAGCAACUUUUUGUGUCUCAUACACCAUCUCCGUGUCUAAAUUGGAUGUUUAAGUUGACCCACUUCUCGAUUUAUGGCAACAACCUAUAGCACUUAUAAUAACAAUAACCCUAACACUCAGUUAAUUUUCAGCUUACAAGAUGUAAAUGGAGUAUCGUUGGCGGUUUUUGGAUGUUUUUUAGAGUGCUUAAUGAGCACAAUAGAGGACUCUUAUUAGCUGCAUUGUUAGCCACCCUGAACUUGACAUAUAUUACAAAUUGGAAUGCAUUUAAAAAAAAAACAAAUGUUUUGGCGUCACUAAAGACUUGAGCCCCCCUAAAAUAUUCUUAAGCCCCCCUAAAUAAUUUGGCGUUAUAUUUUAUUUUAUUUUCAUUUAUUUUAUUUUUUUUACAAAUACAUGCCGAAAUAUUAAUUUUAAAGUGGCCUGAAUAAGACUUUAAAAUAAAUAAUCAUAUAACCUGUCAUUAUUCACUCAGCUUCCCCUCACUUCUAGCGUAAGGCAGCGAGCCCCUUCAGUGCGUCGGUAUCCAAUCCAUUCCACUUGUUCAUAUAGAACAGGGGUCACCAACGCGUUGCCCGCGGGCACCAGGUAGCCCGUAAGGACCAGAUGAGUUGCCCGCUGGCCUGUUCUAAAAAUAGCUCAAAUAGCAGCAAAAUAAAGUGAGCUGCCUUUAUUUUUUAAAUUUUAUUUAUUUACUAGCAAGCUGGUCUCGCUUUGCUCGACAUUUUUAAUUCUAAGAGAGACAAAACUCAAAUAGAAUUUGAAAAUUCAAGAAAAUAUUUUAAGGACUUGGUCUUCACUUGUUUAAAAAAAUUCACUUAUUUUUUUACUUUGCUUUGUAUAACUUUCAGGAAGACAAUUUUAGAGAAAAAAUACAACCUUAACAAUGAUUUUAGGAUUUUUAAACACAUAUAACUUUUUACCUUUUGAAUUCCUUCCUCUUCUUUCCUGACAAUUUAAAAUUUAAAGCCCAGCAGGCUGCACCAAACUUUUGGUGCCUUGUUGACACAGAAAAGUACAGUGGUGUAUGCGCAGCAGCUAUGAAGGUUGCAAGCCUGUUUGGUUCAACUUAUUUUGUCAAUCAGCCUUUUCUGACAUGAACUUCAUCAAGAACAAACACGGAACACGCCUCACUGAUGCACAUCUGCAAGACUCACUGAGAGUUGCAGUGUCAAGUUACACACCAGAGUACAACACACUAGUUAACAGCAUGCAAUGCCAGGCUUCCCACAAACUGACAGAGAAACAGAUAACGGAUUUGGUAUCCAGUUCAAAGUGUGACAUGAUUUAUUUAAAAAUUUGAGAGUUGACUUUUGUAUUUUACAUGAGUUAUUAUUUGUACAAACAUGGUGCAAAGUAAUUAAUUAUAUGUUAAAACAUGUUAGUGGCUACUGUGAUGAGGUGGCGACUUGUCCAGGGUAUAUCCUGCCUUCUGCCCGAUUGUAGCUGAGAUAGGCACCAGCACCCCCGCAACCCCAAAGGGAAUAAGCGGUAGAAAAUGGAUGGAUGGAUGUUAGUAGCUAGCUAGUUAAAAUGGGAUAUUGUGAUUUCACAAGACUGUCUUAAAGAUAAUCAUUUGAAAAUGUUCAAUUUGAAAAAUGUGCACUUAGAGAAUAUAUAAAAAAUAAAGUGUUGCAUAUUGAUAUUUAUCUGUUUCUAUAUACAUUUAUUGUGAGAAAUCAUUAAAGGGGAACAUUAUCACAAUUUCUGAAGGGUUAAAACCAAUAAAAAUCAGUUCCCAGUG